AUGCUUACACCAGUACUUUUUUAUAACAAGCGAAUAUCACAGAAGGUAACUAUAUUUUUUAUUAUUCUUAAAUAUCAUAACGAAUAUCGGCAAAAGAUCUCGAGAGGCGAAGAGACGCGAGGGUCUCCAGGCCCACAGCCCGCCGGCACCAACCUCCGCGAGUUGAAAUGGAACGAUGACCUCGCUCGCGGUGCCCAGCGAUGGGCCGAGCAACUUGCCACGGGCCACGACUGUCAGGCCGAACUCGUCGGCUAUUCGUCAGUAACUCACUGCAGUCGCGUCCCAGGCUACGAUGCUGUCGGUCAGAACUACCAACUUACUGGAAGCAGCGGACCGAUCAAGUCAGCGAAUUGGCAGAAAGCAAUUGAUAGUUGGAUCAACGAAGUCAACAACGUUGUCGCCCCCGCCAUGACCAGCAACGGAGGAGUCAUCGGUCACUACACUCAGGUUGUAUGGUAUGAGACUCGAGAAGUUGGCUGCGGAGUCUUCACCAAUAACCAAAAGUGUGCAUGGGCUGGAUGGAAUAAGUUCUACUGCGCCAAGUACAUCUGCAACUACGGACCCGCUGGCAACAUGGUAGACGAGAACGCAAACCCUCUGCCUCCCUACAGCACCACUGAAGCCUGCAAGAAACCGUCCACCAACUACCCUGGACUCUGCGCCGAGUGAUGAAAAUGAUCCAUGAGUUUCGGUCAAUAUUUUCAGAGUGGAAGCAUUAAUCAGAUUUAUUAUUUGUAGGAUUCGUUCAUAAUUUUUAUAUUAAAUGUUUGAGACAUUUUCCAAGUAAUGGCAGGGAUUAGAAAUUUGACGAUUGCACUCCGACGAUUGAGCGAAUGUUCGAUUCGAAGACGGGAAAAAUAUGGUGAUGUUGGUUUUCGUUCCUCUUCCAAAGUUAAAAUGUUCAAAACUUCCCUAAAGCAAAACGCUUCAUAGAAAAAACAAACUGCUUCGUUUUGCUUCCUGAUUCUGAAGAAAACGUCCCUGCCUCAGAUUCGCUCGAAUUUAUUUUCAAACUCAGCAUGAGGUUUAUUAAAAUAUCUUGCAUGGC